AUUUGCUUUUUGCCCUGGAUAUACGACCUUAUGCCUUACCUUUCUUGGACACCACUUGUGGAUUCUGCAUUUUUUGACGCAUUGCUUUCUUUGUUUUAUUAUGAUGACAUGACCUCGGGAAAACGUUUGCAUACUGACUUGUAAAUCUUCUAGUGCAUUUUCUCUUUUCUUCCAGCCUCGCUGGAUUCAGACUAUAAUGUCCCCAAAGAUCAAGAACGACCCAGAAGUUUCUUUGUCUCAGUCCGCUCUUCAGAACAUGGAUCAGAUGUCUCAGUCCAGGCAUAACCAAUUAGUCCAAGGAAUCUCAAACAUGGCCCCCAGAGUGAUCCCGGAUGAUGAACUUUCGAGCCAGGAUAACUUCUCCUUGUGUUCAAGCACACACCAGAGCCAUGGAACCCCCGGACUCAAGUCGUGGUCCGUGAAUGAUGUCGAUGGACUUGACGGUGGUGUCAUGUCCUCAGUCAAGCCAGAAUCCCCGGAAGUCCAGAUGUUGUCUUUCUCGUUGUCUCAGCAACUCAUGCCUUCCACCGUCGGACCAAGUGAUGUAAUGUAUCACCCUGGGCCCGAGUUCCCGGGUCUCCAGGAUAUGGGAGACCAGAGUGAAUUGGAUUUCACACAUGCCCAGGAUUUCAACACCCACUACUCCUCGCUAGUGGAUUUCAGUGCAUUUGACAAUGAUGUUGGAACUCAAAACAGUUCCCAGUCCUGCACUUCCGACGAUGCCCACUCCGUUAGCCACAGCUCCCACACCGAUGAUGCAUGGAACUCCCUUGUGGCAGAUACCAGAAACUACCCCGGAUCAUCCAUGGACCACUUCACUUCGAACAUGUUUCACCCAGUCCCCGUUUCUCCUCCCUUGACGGAAGCAAGCAAUGAUGUCUCUGUUACUUCUUCCUGCUCCCACACUGGAUACCCCUCUUUCAUGUCCCAUGACGAUACCAUGCUCAAGGAUGUCACCGCAACCCCCGUUGGCAGCCAGGGAAUCAACCUCGGAGACCCGCUCUUCCCCCUUACCCCGCCUCUGAAUGAACAAGACCCCAACAGGACUAUUCGACCUUCCAAGAGUGCGCGUAGGCCGGCUUUGCAAACUCCUCCAUCUCAGCCCCAGGUGAAGCAGGAUGCCGAAUUCUUCCCACCUCUUCCCGUCAAGGAGCCCCUUCGCCAAAGAUCCAAGGACGGAGCCGAAUUGCGGAAUCCCCGGGAUCACUACUACUACUCCCUUCCGACCCACAGUGAUGGAAAAUACUACUGCCCAUAUGCCAUUGGAGACAAGCCCUGCAACCACCCCCCGACUACCCAGAAAUGCGCUUACCACAAAUACCUGGACUCUCACCUGAAGCCCUACCGCUGCAAGGUCCCUGCCUGCAUGGAUGCCCAAUUGCAGUUUUCUUCCAAUGCAUGCCUUUUCCGUCACGAGCGUGAGGCCCACGGAUUCCACGGCCAUGGCGAUAACCCUCAUCUUUGCCUGUUUGAGGGAUGUGACCGAUCCGUUCCCGGAUAUGGAUUUCCCCGCCGAUGGAACCUCUUUGACCACAUGAGACGUGUCCACGACUACGCCUCUUCGGAGCGCCCCAGCUCCCCAGAUGCUUCCCCUACCACCGGACAAGCCUCCAAGAAGAAGGAAGCCGCUGGCCGCAAGAGAAGAGUUGCCGGUGUCUCUGGCGCCCAAACGAUGAAGCGGACUCGCUCCACCCAGUCCCAGUCCAACCCCCUGAAGGCUGUUCAGCAGACCUCUGCCCACCACGGCCAGAGACUGCAGAACGCGGAGCGCAACUAUUACAACUGCCGCUCUCGCCUGCUUGAAGAACUGAGCAACAUCAUCCCCCAGGAUUCUUCCAUGCACGAGAAGGUCAAUGCCAGCCUUCAGGAGUUGAUCACUCUGGGCCUGAACUACCGCCACAUUGAAGCCAGCCAGGCCGCUGCUCAGAUGACUCACGGUCUCCCGGCUUGAAUGACAUGCCAGCUAGACCCGGUUUUGAAAUCCUUCCAGACUGCCGACAGCUCGGAUGACCUUUUAAACAGAAUUUCAUGAUCCCAGACAUGAGAUUCUCCUACCCCCUUUUUGAUGAUGUGUGGAAGGUGUCACGGAAACAGUCCGUGCUACUUUUUCAGGGCCACCAC